AAAAGAUAAAUAAAGCAAGAAAGACAAGGUCCAGGGCUCGUAGCAGCCACUAGGGUUCCUAUCGGUGUAGCUGUAAGGAUUUCCAUUUCUGCAAUCUCUCCGGACCAAAACUAAAAAAAACCAAAACCCUUUUGAGAGAGAGAGAUGGCGAUGAUAGAAGAAGAACAAGUGGAGAAAGAAAGGCCAGUUAUAUUCAGAGAUAUAAGGCGUUAUUAUUGUGAUUAUUGUGGUAUUUGCAGAUCUAAGAAGUCUCUUAUCACUUCUCACGUCCUCACUCAUCACAAGGAGGAGAUGGACGAGGAAAGUGUUGAUGGGGAUGAGGGAAAGGAGGGAGUCAAAUCCAACACAUGUGAAAAUUGCGGUGCUAGUUUUAAAAAGCCUGCGUAUUUGAUUCAACACAUGCAAAGUCAUUCUCUUGAGAGGCCAUUUAAGUGCUUGUUUGAUGAUUGCCAUGCCAGCUAUAGAAGGAAAGAUCACUUAACUCGCCACCUUCUCCAGCAUGAAGGGAAACUUUUCAAGUGUCAAAUUGAGAAUUGCAAUCGUGAAUUUGUUUACCCAAGCAACUUGAAAAGGCAUGUUAGAGAACUUCAUGAUGAGAGUUUUCCCUCCUGUAGUUUUGGAGGUGAGAAGCAGUAUGUUUGCCAGGAGCCGGGAUGUGGGAAGGCAUUCAGAUACCCAUCAAAGCUGCGAAAGCACGAGGAUUCUCAUGUGAGCCUGGACCACGUGGAGGCAAUGUGUUUAGAACCAGGCUGUAUGAAACAUUUUUCAAAUAAGGAAUGCCUGAAGGCCCACAUUCAGUCCAGCCACCAAUACAUUAACUGUGAUAUCUGUGGCACAAAACAGCUGAAAAAGAACAUCAAGAGGCAUCUCCGCACCCAUGAACCUGCCAGUGAUUCAACAGAGAGAAUCAAAUGCCAUUUCAAUGGUUGUCAGCACACAUUCUCUACUAAAACAAAUCUUAAUCAGCAUGUGAAGGCAGUGCACCUUGAACACAGGCCUUUUUUGUGUGGAUUUCCAGGUUGUGACAUGAGAUUCUCAUACAAGCAUGUGAGAGAUAACCAUGAAAAGUCUGGUUUGCAUGUCUAUACUCCUGGUGAUUUUGUGGAGUCUGAUCGGCAGUUCAGGUCAAAGCCAAGAGGUGGGAGGAAGAGGAAAUUCCCAACCGUUGAAAUGUUGAUACGCAAGAGAGUAACUCCACCAACUAAAUUGGAUGAGUGCCACCCGUGGUUGCAUGAAAUUGAGAGAGAGGACCAGUAGUGAAUCAUGCCCUACCUACCUGGAUGCACCUGCAUUCUCUGUUCCUCUUUCCACUGAUCUCCAUUUUAGCUGUUCAUAUGGAAGUUGUAAUGUCUUUGGCAUAUUAUGUUGUUAUCAUCUUUAGGAUAAUGGAGGCAUCAAUAGCAUGGAAGGCGUUGUGAAUGGUAAUAUUGUAUGGUAAUAAAUAUGUAAAUUGCAGCUC